AUGACAUCUCAUGAUAACUCACCUAUCGUCUCUGACCCUCUGGAUCUUCUAUCUUCUCCAAACUCAUUUCCAAUGUCGGAUCCACAGACACCCACAAUGCCUUCUCGUGAAAGGUCCGAUACCAUCCUCACUACAUCAUCAUCCGAUUCCUUCCCCCAAUUGCAAACACCCCAGACGCCUUCCAUCUUAGGUAUGCUGAAUCAAACGUCCUCUAAACAAGGUACCCAUUCGACCAAUGAUGAUUUGACCUCGAAUAGAAAUCGUAAUGAUAGUUUUGGAUUCGGUGGACCGCUGAACGUCAAUUCCCCGGAAAGCAUACCUCAAACGCUUUCUUCCUUGAACGUCCCGACGCAUCAUCUCGAACCUUCUCAUCAUACUACAACUCCCGUCGCAGAUCAUGAGAGAAUCUCCCCUCUACCUAGCGACUCUCAUACUGCAGGCAACCUCAUAGUGCUGAACUCUUCAACGACACCCAUCUCCACUUCAAGCGAACCCAGUCCGCGAGUCAGCACUUCCACAAUUGGGACAUUCGAUAAUUCCGAUACCCCGUCCGGGACACGACAAUCCAAGCUGAAAGAAGUGGUUAGACGAAAGCUGCAGAGAUCUAAGAGCUCUUUGAGAAAUAUAGGAAAAUCUAAAACUCAGGAAGAGGAUGAGGAACCUAUUGCAGCCAAUCACGCCGCUUCGCUAGCUGUCAGCGGACAUACACCUGCCUCGUCCGUCGAUCGCGAUCAUGUGGUACGACCUAAAACAUCACGUUUGAAACGUCUCCUGACUCUAUCCCGUAAACCCUCUUCAGUUUCAAUCAAGGCUUCCCUCCCCUCUAACGGUGUCAGUACGGCUCAAGUCGAAAUGAAUCGCAUCCCUCAUCCUGUCGUUGACACCCAAACUUAUUGCCAAAACAAUCUGAGACACCAUGAAAUUACUGUGCGGGAUUUCGCUCAUUCCCCUCCAAUGCAAAUGCCUUCACUCACUCACAAUCGUCACAUAUCCGUCGGUCAACUACCCCAAUUCCCCUCAGAUCUGUACAACGGGACAGGGGAAAUAGCAAGACGUCUCCCCAUUCAUGCUGGAGAAAUGGCUGAAGAGGUGGAUCCUCACUCCCUUCGUCCCGCUCGCAUCAGUCGACCAAGAGCCACCUCAAUGCCUUUACUCGAUACCCUUUCAGACCAUCCACCGACAGGUGAGCUUGAAAAUAGCAGCGACAGACAGUCCAACUAUUUUGACACUGUCCUGCCACGUGAGCUCCAAUUGCAGAUCAUCAAAACCUUGCUUGAAUCUUGGAAAGGGGAAAACCAGGAGAGAAGAUGGACCGGAGAGGUUUACGCACGAAAGGAGCUGAUUAAGCUGAGUAGACUGUGCUUUGACGGACAACUGUGGUCAUCUCUUGACCUUACCCCAUUCUCUUAUGUUCUGCACCCUUCAACCCUUCAGAAAGUCAUCGUCUCUUCGCUUCCGUUCAUCACAGCUCUCACGCUUAGAGGGAUGGACAAUCUUCUCGGGUCAAUGCUCUUACCCUCACUCUCACCUUUUGACUGGUCACCUAGCCCUCGGUCAAACAGUCUAGCAGUAUGGCUACCUAAUUUACGAGUUCUCGAUUUGAGGGGAGCAACGAGUUUGACCGUUUCCGAUAUAUGCUCGAUUAUCAGAGGAUCACCGGGAUUAAAGAUAAUAAACUUGAAAGCUGUUCAAAAUUGUUCAUCCGAAGUGGUACGUACAAUCGCAAGAUCGACACGACAAUUGGAGUCACUCGACAUUUCAAGAUGCAAGGACCUAACUUUGGGCGAUUUGAUUGUUAUGAUGAAUGCAAUGGACCAGGCUCAACGUGCAAAACUCAAAGUGUUGAGACUCGCGGGAAUGAAAAGUUAUGGUAGACACGCAUCGGAUUUUCUACCCCUUCUAGCCGAAAAGCUUGUCAAUCUUGAAGUAUUGGAUGUCCAAGGAUGUACCCGUAUAUUUGACGAAGAUUUCGAGAACUUUUCUCGAGUAUUAACUGAAAACGAGAGAGAAAGCAAGAUAACUCAUCUAAAUCUAUCUGGGUGUACAUCUCUUCAAGGGCAAUUCAUGUAUCACUUAUCUGGAAGCCUACCUAAUCUGAGAAUGUUGGAACUUGCUAAUCUACAGCACAUAUACAAAGACAACGAUUCGGAUGAAUCUGGAUUAAUCAGACUCCUGAAGACAACACCGAAAAUCGAAAGACUUGAUUUAGAUCAAACGGGUUUACAUGGUGGAGUCACUGAUUCCGUGUUGGAUGUCUUAUCUAGAGGAAGAACGGAUGAUGGGAAUUGUAUCCGAAAGAAUCUCGUUGAAUUGCGAAUCGGUUUUGCGAAAGGUGUUACCAGUGAGGGCUUGGUCAGACUAAUCAGGAAUUGUCCAAAGUUGAAAGUACUGGAAAUUGAUAACACUCCCGCGGAUACGUCGGUGCUUCGAGCAUUCAUGAAAGUCCAUCCUUCGGAUGGCGCGAUUUCGGUAAUCGAUUGUCGUUCAGUCAACCCCACAGAACUUGAUAAGUUGAUCCCGUCCACUCGAUCACGAGUAGGAUGGAAAGGCUGGACAGCAGUGCCAUUCUCAUAUCAGCCUAAAGAAAUGGAUGAGAGACGGACUGUCAUCAAGAGUUUUCAAUCUUGGAAAGAUGUCAACACGCCAAAAUCUUGGAGAGAGAUCAGAGCGGAUACGGAUGAGGGCAAUCCCAAUCAAGAAGUAGAGGAAGGAACGAAUGACAGUGGGUCCACACAAGAUGAAGAUGGAUUAAUGGAAAAUAUCAGAAGUUCAGCUGGCUGUAUAAUUAUGUGA